CCGCUGGAGCUGUUCUUUGCCUCCAGGCCCUCCCCCAGCGUGGUGAUCCUGCCCUUAGUGACCUAGUCGUUUUCUGCAUCGUACCUGUGGAGAAACUGUCACCGGUGGCAGUGGUUGGAGCUGGUCGCCCAGGAGGCUGUUAGCAGCCCUGUGUUCAGUAGGGGACUUUCCUUCCAAGUGACAGAAAGUUUGAAGACAUGGCUGGAAAACCUAAACUUUACUACUUUGAUGGAAGAGGCAAAAUGGAGGCAAUUCGCUGGUUAUUAGCUGCAGCUGGGGUUGAGUUUGAAGAAGAGUUUCUGAAAACACGAGAACAGUAUGAGAAGCUCCUGCAAGAAGGAGCCCUGCUGUUUCAGCAAGUGCCCAUGGUGGAGAUUGAUGGAAUGAAGAUGGUGCAGACUAGAGCCAUCCUCAACUACAUAGCAGCAAAGCACAACCUCUAUGGGAAGGACCUGAAGGAGAGAGCCCUAAUUGAUAUGUAUGUAGGAGGAACAGAUGACCUUAUGAGUUUUAUGACGAGAUACCCCUUCUUGUCAGCUGAAGAAAAAGAGAAGGAACAUGCCAAUAUAAUUCAAAAGGCCACAAGCAGGUAUUUCCCAGUCUAUGAAAAGGUUUUGAAAGAUCAUGGACAAGACUUUCUUGUUGGCAACCGUCUUAGCUGGGCAGAUAUUCAUCUUCUUGAAGCCAUUUUAAUGGUAGAAGAGAAGAAGUCAGAUGUUCUCUCGGAGUUUCCUCGGUUACAGGCAUUUAAAGCAAAUAUAAGCAGCAUCCCCACAAUCAAGAAAUUUCUUGAACCGGGAAGCCAGAGAAAACCUGUUCCUGAUGAUAAAUAUGUGGAGACUGUGAGAAGAGUUCUCCGGAUGUACUGAUAUGAAAGCAAGUUAGCAUGGCUGUCUAAAACAACAAUUCUGCUUGGUUUAAGAAAAAUAUCGUAUUCUAAGUGUGUGAUUAAACUCUGCAAGGAAGAUGUAGUAACAUUCAAAAGGAGAUUAAACUAAUAGCAUCUCAUUUUCUCACAGCAAAUACAUUAUGCAAGUAUUUUUCCUAACACUUUACUAUUAGCCUAUUUUCCUAACACUUUACUAUUGGCCUAUUUUUUCCUUCAUUAUUCCUGAGUGUUUCCUAGUAAUUUGAUGAAUGAAAUGGUAGCAAGUAUACUGUCUUCCUUGAAAUUUUCUGGAAGUGGGAGGAAAAGUGAAAGAGAAAAGUGUGAGUUGCUAUCUAACAGCUUCAGCACGUUCUGGUAGAUCUGAGGACUUUAUUCUUAGAUCCAGGUCAGAUUGCAACAUAAUGAUGGGUUCUGUUUCAGGCCUUUACUGAUUUCUUAUCUUUUUUCUUCUUUUCUUUUCUUUUCUAACUGUUGGAAAAUGAAGCAAAUUGCUUUUAAAGAAAGUAGGAGGGAGAUGGUUCUAUUUCCUGGUCUGUUGGACAGUAAUAUCUGAAUGUCUGCCUGAAAUGUCUGCAUUGUGUCUUCAUAACUAAGUUAUUUCUUAAUUCAGAAGAAGAAAAUAUGAAAUCUGACAAAUAUCAUUGCUGUAUAAUGCUAUAAUCACUGUAUUUAGAGGAUCUUUUCUGAUCAAUAAACUUCUUAUUCUCAA